GACAAGGCACUGGUACCCUUACACACUCCUGCUCAAAACCCACUGCAGACCUCCAGACAUUUAGUGAACCUCAGAUUUGGUGUCCAUAUUUUGGCCACCUGGUUUAACUGCUGCCACCUUCCCCUCUCAUAAUGCAGACAUCUGUGGAGGAGGGAAAGAUGGCUCCUUAGUGUGUACUGUUGCCGCUGAUGUUGGUUCCAGUGGAAGAGAACGCACCUGGGUUUUUUUUUGUUUUGUUUUUUUUUGCUUGUUUUCAGCUUCUGCUGCGCUCAUUGCUUUUUCAGUCAGUGUUUCUCUAGAUUGUAGGAGUUUAUCGCUAUAUGACUCUCAAUCCUCUUGGCGGCGACUUCUGUUGGGAUAUCAUCUCCUCCUUUAACUGGCUUCCCCGAUGCUGACUGAGCCGUGUGCAGCCAUGGGGUCCAUGGGGUCGGAUGUUCGAGAUCUGACCCUCUUGCCUCCAGGACCGCCCGUGCCCUCCUUACCUGGAGGCAGUGGAGGCUGCGGCAUGCCCGUUGGCAGCAGCCAGUGGACCCAACUCCUAGACCUGCACCCUGGCUCUCCCUACAGCUCCCUGCCCUCCCACCACUCCCUCAUCAAGCAGGAACCAGGCUGGGGCACCUCUGAAACCCUGGAGGACCCUCACUGUGGCCUGGGGGCCUUCACAGUGCACUUCUCUGGCCAGUUUACGGGCACAGGUCCAUGUCGGGUUGGGGCCUUUGGAGAGCCGACUGCAGGCCAGCCGAGGGUGUUUCCUAACGGAGCCUACCUGCCCAGCUGUGUGGACAACCCACCAGCAGCUAGGAACCAGGGUUAUGCAGCGGUGGGUUUGGACAGCGCCCCCAGUUAUGGUCACACUCCCUCUCACCACACCCCUCAGCUCUCCAGCCUGUCCUUCAAACAUGAGGACACACUGUCACCGCAGAGCAACAUGGUUGACCAACAGUACCCGGCCCCUCCUCCUAUGUUCAGUUGCCACAAUCCCUCAGAUUCCUGUCCGAGCAGCCAAGCACUGCUUCUGCGGAACUACAACAGUGACAACCUAUACCAAAUGUCUCAGCUGGAGUGUGUAGCAUGGAACCAAAUGAACCCCCUGGCAUCGUCCAUGAAGAGCAGCAACGUAAGCAGCUAUGAGAAUGAUCCGGCAGCACCCACGACUCCCUCUGUGGUCCUCAGCUGCAGCGCCCAGUACCACAUACACACACAUGGCGUCUUCAGAGGACUCCAGGACGUCCGACGGGUCCCUGCGAUUGCUCCCCCGGUUGUGAGGUCAUCAGAGGCCAGUGAGAAGCGUCCAUUUGUGUGCGCUUAUCCUGGCUGCAGUAAGAGAUAUUUCAAACUGUCCCAUCUGCAGAUGCACGGCCGCAAACACACAGGAGAGAAGCCUUACCAGUGUGAUUUCAUGGACUGCGGCCGCAGAUUCUCUCGCUCAGACCAGCUGAAGAGACACCAGCGUAGACACACAGGAGUGAAGCCCUUUCAGUGCGAGACGUGUCAGAGAAAGUUUUCACGGUCAGACCAUCUUAAGACACACACUCGGACUCAUACAGGUAAAACAAGUGAGAAGCCCUUCACCUGCCGCUGGUCCAACUGUCAGAAGAAGUUUGCCCGCUCUGACGAGCUGGUGCGCCACCACAGCAUGCACCAGAGGAACCUGACCAAGCUGCAGUCUGCCAUCUGAGCAGGAAGAGGAGGAGGACAAGAGGAAGGUGACAAUAAGCGGUGCCAGCCAGUAGAGAAAGACGCUGGAGCCUGGUCAGUGGUUAUGGUCCCUUGCCAGACUUGCUGAAGUGGUGAGCGCAGCUUACGUCUUCCUCAGCCAGACGACAGCAGGAAAACAGAUUCACUGGUGAUUUGCAGGAUCUUCAAGAUACAGCUCACAAGCACUCCUUUUUCUGCUUAUUUCACAUUAAAACUCAGUUUUUUUUUCUCUUUUAUGUGCAGUACCACAAUCAUCCUGAGCCAAGUUGAAGAAUUUUAUGUGAGAUAAGCGAUAUGUUGAUACACAAUUUGGAAGAUUUUAAUACACUUGCACUGGCUUCUUGUUUCUUGGUGUUUUAUUGUUAAAUUGUGUCACUAUGAAAAUGUGCUGGACUUUAAACUGGAUCUAGGAAAUGGACAGUGGUGUCACUUUUUCUCCAAUUAGUGAAACCCAGAGAAUUAUUGCUUGGGUGAAUAUAUAUUCUUGCAGUAUACAUAAUAUUCACCUUAUUGCUUUGUAUAUAUGUGGCAUAUUUUCCUGCCUUUUUUACACAUUCCUUUUGUACUUUUGUAUGUUUUUGUAACUUUAUAAAAUGUUGAUCCACACAGCUGUCAAGGGCAAGAGUAAUGCGGAAUUGAUGGAUGUGUGUGUGUGUGUGUGUGUGUGUGUGUGUGUGUGUGUGUGUGUGUGAGAGAGAGAGAGAGAGAGAGAGAGAGAGAGAGAGAGAGAGAGAGAGAGAGAGAGAGGAGAGUUGAGGUGUUAGUGUUAUCCAGGUUAAGAGGCCACCUAUUGGAGGGGGGGUCAGACAGUAAAACAGCACCACUCUGUGACUCUGACAGGGUGCAGGUCUCACCCUCCUAAAUCUCCGACACACAUCUUCAUAACUAGGAACAUCUGGAGCCCAAUAAAUCUCAUUAGAAGAGACACAUACCUUAGUGUCAACUGGCUGUACUUCACUGACUGACCCCCUCUAAGUAGGCUGGGCCCCAACACACACACACACACACGCGCGCACACACACAUGCGCACACGCACACAUGCACAGACACAUUUAUAAAUAUAUUUGAGUCCUCUUAUUAAAUAACAGCCCAAAGCAUAUGUUACAACUUCGAGCCACUUGAUGGCAGUAUCAGCCUUUUCCAUGCACAACACAAAGCCUCAAGUUGUAUGUGCUCUUACAUUGGCCGGCGGUGAGGCGUUACUGACCAAAAAAAACGCAUGUUUAUGUUUUACACUUAAUAAUAAUAGUCAAAUGGCCCUCUUUUACUCCAUUUUUGCCUAUGGUGAUAUUGAGUGGCCAUAAUAAAUACAUUAAUGUCAAGAAAGUCACGUAAGAGGGAAACAGGAAGGCUGCUGCUCUGUAUGCUGUGGCCCAUCAAAUAUACAUGAUGUGGAUGGAGUUGUGUGUCAGAUGGUGUGCAAGUCUAUAAGAGUUGAAGUGAUUCAGCCACAGCAGGUAUGUUAAUAAA